AUGUUUGUAAUUCGUGUGUUAUUUCAUAUGUGUGUAAAAUAGUGCAAAAUUUAGCAAUAUUUUAUUUUUUAAUAUCGUUAAAAUCAACUAUAUUUAUUAAAAUUUAUAAUGUCUGAUGAAUCUGAAUACGACGUGGAGCCGGAAGAAUUUGAUAUCUACAAGAGAAAGUAUCAAUUACUAUUGGAAAGAUGCGAGAUUUUGCAACAGGAGAAUGAGAGAUUGGUCUAUAGAAUCCAGAAAGUGAGGAAACUUCUUCGACGUACGAGGAAGGAGAAAAAAUUCUUGAUCGAUCGCUUGGAUCAACAUGGAGAUCGUUGGCGUGAAGCACCGAUGGGUGUGCUCGAAGAAAAUAGUGUAUUUCAAACAAUGCCAAAACCUGAAAAAGGGGGAAAAGGUGCAUCUAAUAAUGCAAAAGAGGAAAAACCUAGAAAGGGAACAAAAAGAAAGGGCGCAAAAGCUGAUCCAAACGCACCAAAACGACCUGCCAAUCCUUUCUUCCAAUUUUGUCAGGAACAAAGACCUCGUGUAAUGGAACGUUUGGCUGGAGAACCAGAACCAAGUAAACAAGAACUCACCAGACAACUUGCAACAACUUGGAAGUCUCUCAGCUCUGAAGAUAAGAAAGUGUAUUACGAUAUGUACGAAAGAUCCAAGGAGAAAUAUGUCGCAGAAAUGCAGAUAUAUAAUAAAAAGACUGAAGAUGCACCUUGUCAAGUGCCACUAAAUAUAACAUAAUAUAACACAAAUACUCAAUGUAUAAAAAAUGAAAAAUUUAUAAAGUCAUGCAAUUAUCUGUUCUACAAGCAAUAUCAGGAACAGCCAAGAAAAACUUUGGAACAGCAAGUUUAAUGAGGAAAGGAAGUGUAACAUUAAUUAGAAGCAAGAGACGAAACUGCUAAUAGAAAAGAAACAGCAUUGUUCCAUUUAGUCGAUUGCACAGUCUUGUAUUAAUACAUUUAAUACCUUGUGUAUAUCAUCACUUUUGAUUUAUAUUUUUCAACAGUGUGCAAGUAUGUACAUAUAAUGUAAGUAGAUAUUGAUAUAUUAAGCUGAAAAAUUUUGUUUUUUGUAAAAAUAGAAUCCAAAGUACAAAAAUGAUAGGAGUUUAAAAAUUGUAGAUAAGUAAGCCAAACAUAUUGUGGAUGUAUAUACUCAAAUAUUUAUUUUAACAUAAAAUGCCGCAGUACAAUGGUUUUCAGAUGUAAGAUCUUCUCUGGUUAAAAAACAAAAAUUUAUCUCUUAUUUCAAUCUUAUCUCAUGCUGAUUCGUGAAAAAUAAAUCUGCACUUUUGUUAUCAAUCAGUUCCAAAUAGCGAUCUUAUGACUGAAAACACGAUUGUACUGCAUAUAAUAAAAGUUACAAUAUAUUCACCUAGAUAUUUUUCUGUUCUUACAUCUCAAGGUUAAUGUUCCAUUUUAAAUCUGUAUUAAGUAUAAGUAUAUUAAAUGAAUAGGAAGAUA